CACAACUGCUUAAUGAAUUUUGACGAUGUAACAAAGGAGAAUCGAAAAAGGAACCGUGAAUUUUAUAAGUUUACACAGAAUUUUACAAGAAAAUCUGCUCGUAAGAAGCCGCUAUCACCGUUUGCCAAGUUUCGUGAACUCGACAGACAAAAUAGCGCCGCCUCGUCACCCAGUCCCGUAAAGUCACCGGCAACAGAGUUUCGAUUCAAGUUUACCGAGCCAGCGGUGCGGGACAACGCGGUGCAAAUAAAAGAGCGGCUACUGGCGUGGUGCCGUUCCAAAACCAAAGAGUACGAGAACGUGCAACUGGAUAAUUUCUCGACGAGCUGGAACAAUGGAUUGGCGUUUUGCGCUUUGCUUCAUCACUUUAGACCAGACGCUUUCGACUAUCACUCGCUACGGCCGGAGAACCGCAAAAUGAACUUCGAGUUGGCGUUUACGAAAGCCGAUGAACUCGCCGGGAUCGCACCGUUACUUGAUGUCGAGGACAUGGUGAUGAUGCGCCGACCAGACUGGAAGUGCGUCUUCACCUACGUACAGUCCAUCUAUCGCCGCUUCAAAGACGAGGAUUAAGGACUUACUUUGACGCUUCUUAAUGGCGUUCCGCAGUGCAAACCCGACAUUCAACCGCCUAAUACGAUUCGCGGAUCGCGAGUCCGUCUGCUGUUCAUUUGAAUAGAUCAUCAAGGAAACGGCGCAUUCUCCAAAUAUGAGAUGAGAAAAACGAAACAAGCUCAGGCGAAAUCCUCGGGCGGAGAACAGUGAAGAAAUAGAAAAAGUUCGCUUUUGCGCAUCUGGCAUUCAGCAACGCGUUCAGCAACAUUUUUUUACGCACGACUUUCCUGGCAGCCUUCCAAUGAAUGUAUAAUUAUUUUUACCGAAAAACGAUGCAAUAAAUAAAACGGCUUCCUCGAACAUGUAGUGCCGUGACUGAUACGUGAACAAAACACCACCAGUCAUAACAAAAAAAGGGACUGAUGUUAUAGCAUUGAUGUUAUCGAUGGAAUUCAAGGUCUUCUACGCCAAAGAUUUAUGAAAUAAACAUGUGAUGCUAGCAAUCUG